UCUAGAUCAGUCAGAUCAGAUAGACCAGAAUCGUUCAUUUUAGAAUUGCGUUGCGUAUAUUUGAUUGUGCGUUUAAUAUUGUAUAAGCAACAAAGAAUUAAAAUGCAAGGUUUGAGUUUCCAGAGCUUGAAGAAGCAUAAAGCGUUGAUCCCGCUUUAUGUCUGCACGGGUGUUGGCGCCAUGGGGGCAGUGUUCUACCUGCUACGCCUAGCCACGCGCUCCCCCGAUGUUACAUGGAAUCGCAAGACCAACCCCGAGCCCUGGCAAGAGUACAGAAAUAAGCAGUAUAAGUUCUACUCUCCAAACAUUGACUACUCCAAGGAAGAGUCUCCGGCUCCUAAAUUUUAAGUUACAUUGUUGUUAAUAAUCAAAAGUGCUGUAAAACAUUAGACGGUUUUAUUUAAUUUAUAGCUAUAAUGUGAUAUCCAAUGUCGCGACUUUUAUUUAAACCCCUUUCUAUCAUUCAAAUUGGAAAUAGCAAAGUGUAGAAUAAUAAACAUUUAUGAAACUGA